AUGCCACAACUGCAGUCAAUGAAAAAGGAGCUUGGGUUGAUGUUUACUUAUCUGCGGGAGGUAGAUGGAGAUGCAGAAAGAGACCACGAAGACCCAGUAGCGGAACAGUGGGUGAAGCAAUUUAGAGAGUUAGCCUUUGAAGCAGAGGACACCAUCGACCUUUUUACAUACGAAGUAACUAUGAUGCAACGGAAGAAUAUAUUUGGAAAGAUCCUCAACUUCGUCCCUUUUUUGGCCAACAUUAGCAUCCUAACAAAGCGAAUCGGAACUAUUAACGAUGAGUUCAAGAAGCAUUAUGGCAAUAGGAAGGAGUAUAAUAUUCAGCCUGUACAGAGGAUUCAACCAGUUGCUGCUAAAGUGGUUGAACCUAUCGUGGAUGUCGUAGGGCUUGAAACCGAAGCAGAUACGGUUACUAAGGAACUGAUGAAAAAGGUUGACACCAGGCCAUUCGGGGUAGUUUCAAUCACAGGUAUAGGCGGAUUGGGUAAAACCACUCUUGCCAAAAAAUUAUAUGGAAUAUUUGAUUUGUUACAGCAUUUUGACAGUAGAGCCUGGGUGCAUUUAUCCGGAGGUUAUAAACAGAAAGACGUCUUGUUGAGCAUCAUCAAACAAGUUGACUCACCUGAGAUAGAGGAAAAAGGGAAGUUACGGGAAAUGGAGGUUGAAGAUUUGAAAGAAAGGCUUUCUACAUCUCUAAAAGGAAGGAACUAUCUGAUUGUUAUAGAUGACAUAGGGGAGGAAGAAGAUUGGGCUUACCUUAGAGCCAUCUUACCGGCUCCAAGCAAAGGUAAGAUAUGCAGGGUCUUGUUGACUUCUCGUAAUGAUAAUGUAGCGAGUGCCAACUUUAUUGGUCCUCCACACCAUCUGGGACGAUUGAAUGGCGAGGAGAGUUUGGAACUCUUGUUCAAGGCGGUCUUUCCGGACGGAGAUGCAGAAGCAAUUCUCGAUGCGAGGUUUAAGAGUGUUGCCAAGAACAUUGUUGACCGGUGUGAUGGCAUACCACUAGCCAUUCUGGUGAUGGCAGGUGUUUUAUGUCGAACAGGACGAACUUACGAAGAAUGGAAUAUGGUGUUACAGCUUGCGCUUGACCAGCUGUGCACGUCUAAUUUCAUGAAGGUAUUAUGUCUUAGCUUGACCAAGCUACCUCGUCGGUUGAAGCAAUGUUUUUUUUAUUUCGGACUUUUCCCGGAGGACAGUAUCAUCCAGAGGGACAGAAUCAUCCGGUUAUGGGUUUCUGAGGGUUUUUUGGAACCAGGAGUGGGUUCAACAAUGGAAGAUACCGGCUGGGAGUACCUUGAAGAGCUGAGGCAGAGGCACCUCAUCCAAGUUGCAAGAUGGAAAUCAUAUGGAGAACCUGAAUCCUUUAAGGUUCAUGACCUCUUGAGAUUGGCAAUAUCACUUGACAAGCAAGGUAAAUUUCGGAACGUCCCAAUUCCUCAGGACUCGUUAGAAUUUUCUCGCCGUGUAGCCUUUCAUGAUGAUGCUGAUUGCAGUGAAAAUAAGAUGGGUUCAUAUACUACCCGAUCAAUACUCUGUUUCACGGAGAUGUCUAAGCUGUCACAUUUUGGGAUGUUCAAAUUACUCAAUGUUCUUGAUCUUGAGAGAGCUGCAGGUAUUGAAACUUUACCAAAAGAGAUGGAAAAGUUAAUAUUUCUGAAGUACUUGAAUCUCAGCCGAACUGGCUUGACCCUUCUCCCUCCUUGGGUUGGCGAAUUUUAUAGACUGGAAACUCUUAAUGUGUAUAAAACCCUUGUUGUGUCGGUACCGAUCGAAAUCUUGAAGUUGGUCAAGUUAAGGCAUCUUCUAUGCCUUAACAGAAAGGUAAGGUAUCAAUUGUAUUCUGGUGAUGACCUUAGCUCAAUGCCUGAUGAUUUCCUCCCUAGGAGUGAUAGGCGCAUCACCCAACUACGGGAUCUACGGACCCUAUGGUUUCACACUGGGAGCUGGAUGGAGGAUGAGCUGCAAAAAUUGACCAAUAUUGAGGAACUUGGUUUAUCGGGAGUAAAAGGAAUGAUGUGGAAUUAUAGAGAGGCAUUGUAUCAUGCCUUGGUCAAGUUGAAGAAACUAAAGGUGCUGUACUUGGAGGAACAGAAACAGUGUCAAGAAAUUACUCUCCCUUCGUUUAAGGAUCAUCAGCGUCUCUAUGAUAUCUCCAUCAUUGGAGUUAUAACGAUUCUACCUCAACUGGACAUGUUCCCAUCGUGUCUUACUAGAUUGAGAUUGUCUUGCAACCAUAUGAUGGAAGACAUGAUGAGCACAAUUGAGAAGCUGCCUGAGCUGAAGGAGUUGAGGUUAGAUUGGCACCCAUACGAUGGGGUGGUCAUGAAAUGCUCGAUUGGUGGGUUUCCUAAAUUGGAGUUUUUGACUCUAAUUUGUUUUGAUUAUCUGAUCUAUUGGAUAGUGGAAGAGGGAUCAAUGCCUAAUCUGAGGGUAUUGGACAUGAAUCGCUUGUUUGGAUUGAAAUGGAUUCCUGGUGGGCUAAGGCAUAUCAGGACAUUGCAAAAACUCUCUUUAACUAUGCCUAUGGAGUUCCUUGAGAGGGUUCGAGAAGGUGGAGUUGAUUUUGAGAAGAUAAAACAUAUACCUUCUAUCACCACAAGGGAAGUAGAAAUCCCACCACAGAUAGCCGAACGCCUUCCUACAAAGGAAAAUGAGUGGUUUCAAGCUACUGGGCAGCAAAUCCCUCAAGACCAUUAA